GAAACCUCACUUUCAGGUACACAUCAAAGAUAAUCUAACCGACGACGUAGAGUGCGGGAAGUCGGCCGAACCAAGCAAUUUGGAUAAACAUAGAAUCAUUCAUCCAAGAGGUACUUUUUCGACAACAAGACCUAUACGAGUAGUGUUCAAGUAUUUGAUUAUAAUGUCUGCAAUUGUUGGAGCUCUGGUUGGUCUAGGAGCCGUUGUUGGGUAUUUUCUUGGAUGGAUUUUCCUAGUGCAGUUAGUUAUUGUUGCUGCAGUAGCUUACAUCGCAGCUGGGCAUUGGAGAUGGUGGUAUGUAGCUGUUAUGACUGCUCCCAGAGAUUUGAGAGCGUUGAUUAGAUAUGUAUUUCUGUUGAUACAAGUUAAGAGUUUACAACGAAACAACCAAACAAUUUCACAAAUAUUCCAGAAGCAUGUCAAGAAACAUCCGAAUAAGACUUGUAUAUUAUUUGAAGAUCAAGAAUGGACAUUUGCUCAGGUGGAUGAAUACAGCAAUAAAAUAGCAAAUAUAUUUAAAAGUCACGGCUACAAAAAGGGCGAUAAAGUUGCUUUGUUCCUAGAAAAUAAACCUGAGUUUAUCUGUAUAUGGCUAGGCCUGUCGAAAAUAGGCGUGAUAACUCCAUUGAUAAAUACAAAUUUAAGACUGACAACCUUGGUACAUUCAAUUACCAUCGCCAAAAGCCAGGCUAUCAUCUUUGGAACCGAACUUUCAGAUGCAAUUUCCGAGAUCUUGGAUAAAAUAGAAGCCGAGGUGGCGUUAUACCAAAUAAGCUGCAACAAUAAUAUAGAAAACGUCAAUCAGAAAUAUCACAAUUUGGACAUUUUGGUGAAAGAAGCCUCGUCGAUAUGUCCAACCGUCAAAGAUCCUCUAAAUCACCACGAUUGUUUGGUGUAUAUCUACACUUCCGGAACUACUGGUCUGCCAAAAGCUGCUGUGAUCACUAACUCAAGAUACGUCUUUAUAGCGGCUGCAAUAAACAAAAUGUGCAAUUUCAAGUCUUCUGACGUCUUCUAUACGCCGCUUCCUUUGUACCAUACGGCAGGAGGGUGUAUGACAGUAGGGCAAAUGUUAAUUUUUGGCGCCACUAUCGUCAUACGGAAAAAGUUUUCGGCGUCCGGUUAUUUUUCAGACUGUCGUCGAUAUAAAGCUACGGUAGCACAAUAUAUCGGUGAAAUGUGCCGAUACAUCUUGGCAGUAUCGCCAAGCGAUAAGGAUAAAAACCAUAACAUAAGAAUGAUUUACGGAAACGGUCUUCGUCCCCAAAUAUGGAGGGAAUUCGUGGACAGGUUCAACAUUCCUUUAGUCAGCGAAUUUUAUGGAGCAACCGAAGGAAAUGCUAAUAUAGUGAACAUUGACAAUACGGUAGGAGCCAUAGGAUUCGUUUCAAGAAUAAUUCCGUCUGUGUACCCGAUUUCCAUUAUAAAAGUAGACCAAAACACCGGAGAAACAAUUAGGAACGCUAAAGGAUUGUGCAUGCCUUGCAAACCCAACGAACCGGGAGUCUUCAUCGGCAAAAUAAUACCUAAUAAUCCGUCGAGGGCGUUCUUGGGCUACGUGGACGAAGAAGCUUCCAAAAAGAAGGUCGUUCAUGACGUUUUCCAUCACGGAGAUAGUGCCUUCUUGUCCGGAGAUAUCCUCGUGGCAGACGAAUUUGGAAAUCUCUUUUUCAAGGAUCGCACCGGGGAUACUUUUAGAUGGAAGGGAGAAAACGUUUCGACGGCGGAAGUAGAAGCAGUGAUUAGUAAUUUAGUAGAUUACAAAGACGUUGUAGUUUUUGGAGUUGAAAUAAGAGGACAGGAAGGCCGCGCCGGAAUGGCGGCUAUUUUAGACCCGGACGAAAAAGUCGACAUGACUAGAUUGAUGGCGGGCCUGAAGAAAACUUUGCCUUCCUAUGCAAGGCCUAUUUUUAUUAGAAUCUUAGGUAAAAUAGAUCUGACAGGUACGUACAAAUUAAAGAAGAACGACUUGCAAGACCAAGCUUUCGAUCCCUCUAAAAUUAGUGAUAAUAUUUAUUACUUAGACAGUACCAAAGGAACUUACGAAAAGGUAACAAAAGAUGUUUAUGACAAAAUAAAUGAUGGAACUAUAAGAGUAUAAGAAUAUUUUAUUUCAUCGAUUUUAUUUUCUACUCAACGAUUCCAUGAAGAUGUAUUUAUGUACAUUUAUGUGAGACUUGCGUCUGGUUAGAACUAAGGUAUAGGAAUAUUAUGUCAAGAGUAAUAUUUUUGUAUAGUACCAGAAUAAUUUUUUAUUUAAAUAUUUCUUUAUUUAAUUUAUUUAGUAUUUAUGUAUCUAGAUAUUAUAAAGUAUAACGAAAGAAGUAGUUCUACUUUGAUGGUUAUAAGUCCUCGUAUUUUUUAAUUGGGGUCAAGUCAGGAGAAGCUGCUGGCCGCAGAAUGAUUGGAAUCCUGAUUUCGUGCAAUUAAUUUCUUUUAUGGUACGAAGGUUGAUGUAGAGUUGUUUUGUUGUAGUCCAUUCACACUACGCAAUAAAUUUUUUUUCCAAAUCAUGGUUUACUAAAAGACUUUGGAUUUCUGUACCAUUUCAGCACUACUGCAGCUGAAAACAAGCUUUAUUCCAAUUAUUGACGCAAAAAUCCUUCUAGGUACAGAAAUCUCUAAAGUUUCCUACUUUGUAACAUCAAAUAUACGUUCCUGUAUUGUUGAUUUUAAUUCUUGUUAUCCUUACCUAUUUUGCCACUUUACACAAAUUUGUCAAUUAUUUUCUAGUACUUUUAAAUAAUUUUAUGACACAAUAUUGACAUUGACACAUGUCAACCUCAAAAAUAUCAAAAACAAAAAUGUCACAUACUUCUGUAAGUCUAUUUUCUUAAUAAACUAUUUUAUAUCGUAAAAUGCAUCGCUAUUCUUGCCAAUUACUAAAAUUUAUUGCAUUAUAAACAAUGUUUGGAUUGAUCCAUAGAUAGAUUAUUAGUAUAGAAUGUAUUCAAGUUGUGAUAGACCUGAUGUUUGUGAGGAUUGUGAAUAUUUACACGAUUUCGUAGUUAUAACAGCUAAACAUGACAAGUUAAAUACAAUUCGGUUCUCAAAGAAUCGUUACAGUGUAACGAUACCCUACUACGGAUGGAUUCUGUUCGUAUGUGUCGAUUCAGUGUAGUUGGAAUCGAUUCAUAACUCUGUUUUUAACCGUUUUGGUUUUGGUUCCAGUGUCAGAUCAAGCCACAUACACAAUCCAACAUUCGAAUUUGAUACAUAUAUAGAAUCAAAAUAAGGUUACGAAUAGAUAGAGUUUGGCGUGAUUUAUGGUAGUUCUUCGAUAGGAGAUAUCUUUUUUUGGUCACUAAUAUCGAAAAAUCCAUAUCGGUAACACUAUAUAUGCAUAGACCGUUAAUCACAAGGCUUAUUUCAUUCUAGAAAUUGAUGAUAAACAGAGAAUCAACACUAGGUAAUCGGAUCAUACAAAGGAACGAAACGAUUUGGUCCAACUCUACAUAAAUUUCUUUUGAUUAGUCGGUGCACACGUUAAUUAAUUUUUUUUAAUGUGCAAUAUUGUUCAAUUGUAUGUUUUGACAUACAAUUGAACCAGUGCAUCGUUUUAAUUAUUUUAUACUUAAGCUUGAUGUUUAUAUAGAUGUAUAAUGGACAGAACUGAGAUUAUGCAAGAGAUGAAUAAAACAUUUGACAAGUUAUUUAUGAAAAUAAGCACCGAAAAUAAAUCAAUUUCACUUAUCAACAACAGCUACAUAUACAGCUAACUAAAUAUCUUAAAAGCUGAAGUGAUAUAUACGCUGUAGAGAUCACCAAAACGGACUCUGUGUAUUGUUAGUAUGUAGUAUUAACUUGAGACAGAUUGUAGAAAUCGUUUUUCUGCAUAGAGUCGAUACCGUAUAGUCGGUUCAUACAAAGGAACGGAACGAUUAGAUCCAACUCUACAUAACUUUCUUUUAUUUAGUCGGAGCGCUUGUCAGCGAUUUGUUUAUUGUGAAAUUUUCUUCGAUCGUAGCUUUUUACGUGAUUCCUGUUCUACCAUCACAUUAACUACAAUCAACCGUUUAGGCUUUGGUGGUAGUUACACAUCAGUACACCAAGGACCAUCUGGAUUUUGUAUUUGAUCCGUUUUCAGCAACAAAAGUAGGUUAUUGAUAUCUAGUUUAGCAUGAGUUAGGGUAGUUUGUAGUUCUUCAACACGAAAUAGGUCUUUUUGAUAACUGAUAUGCUAUAAUUGACAUCAUAAAGUCGUAGAUACUUUGUAACAAGGUACGAUCGUAUUCUCAGCUCUUUAUGUAGGGUAAAACUCAUAGAAAACUAUUAUUUGAGCUUUUAAUCAGAUCCUAUUCACUUAGAGAGAUCAUUAAAGCAUACUUUUUGUAGUUAUUCUGUAGUGGAACGGAUUCUAUGAAUUGGUUAUAAAUACAGAAUCAGUCGUACUUAUCAGAUUAUACAAAGGAGCGGAACAAUUUGGUCCAACUCUAUAUUCUUUAGUCGGUGGGCUUGUCUUGAUUUUUUACUGUAGAAUUUUUGUUGCGUCCAGGAUCAAAAUUAUGUUACGAUACAAAGUUUGGUGUGAUUUACGGUAGCUAUUUGAUGGGAAAUAGGACUUUUUGGUCAGUAAUAUGAAUGAAUUCAAAGUUCACAUGAUAGAUUUUAAAAUCUAGGCUAUAGAAGUAAUCGAAGUACGUCUUUGCACAUUUAGUCGUUAGUUUUCAUCAAUUUAACGUAAUUGAAUCAUAGAAAAGAACAUAAAAGUUUGGUCUAACUCUAUACCAAUGACUUUUAUUUAGUAGGAGCGCUUGUCGGCUAUUUUUUUAUUGUGGAAUCCUAAAAUAUGAAUUUCCACAAGUCUCCUCAUUUUUUAAUCAUGUUUUAUAUUCGUAUUGAUGUAUAUUGUACAAUUUUUUUUUUUCCAAGUUUUGUCUACUAAUACUUACAUUUAUUGUAUAUUCUAAUUCUUUUAUUAUUAAUAUUAAGUUUUAAAUGAUCGUUAUCUAAAAGUGUUUGAUUUUAUCAUAUUUUUCUUUAUUUUGGUAUUUUAUCAAUUUGUAAAUCGUUAUAAUAAGCUUAUAACUGCACAUGUGGCGAAUGGAUUUAGUGUCCGCAGUCAUUUAAACACAAACAAACAACAACAAAACUGCACAUGACGCACCAAUGCGCCAUAUGAGCAUAAAAUGUGUCAAUGGUGAACCGUAUACAUGAAAAUUGUCAGUGAGAAUGUUUUUUUCUUGCGCACAAUUAAAGCUUGCUAUUAGUGUCACAUCAAGCAACUCUCAAGUGUCAAAAUAACUUUAUUUAUUAUAUUUUUGGUCUUGGUAAAUAUCCAAAUAUUAUAAAUUUGCUUAGCAUCAAGCACAUAAGUGUAAAUAAAUACAUCUUGAUGACGACUGAACAAAAGAAUCUGGAGGAAAAAUUUUGCCCACUUACUUAAAGUGACAACUGUAUUUUUAUAAAUAAAUUUUUGGAUAUUUUGGUACUUCUCUACUAUAUGGUUGUGUUUUAGUAUACUUUGUUAUUUUUGAAUAUAUGUUUUUGUUUCG